AUGAGCAAUAAUGCCCCAAUACAAGAUACAGCUUCGGCUACCUCUCCCAAAUGUCAUUCAACAUCUUCUACAGCUUUGCGCCAAAGCAUUGAUAGUGUCGCCCCGCAACGACUUAAUGGCAGCAUGGCCUCGAAUACUAGUAUGAUUUCAGUCGCUGUCGACCCUGUCACCCUUAUCAUUCAAGAAUGUCGUGCUGUUACUUCUGCCAUGCGGAAACAUCCUCGGUGGGCGCAUUCAUCGGCUUCUUCGAUAUUGGGUGGGCAUUCAAGUCCGCUGAGCACUGGGGUUCAGAACUCAAGGCCUUCUACACCGCGAGAUGAGCCAGGAACUCGCAGGGCACCGAAAGGUUCGGCUGCCUCAGAGGGGAACGAUGAUGCAGGCUUGGCAAUCAGAUGGGGUUUGAGGGGAAAGAAAGGGAAGAGCAUGCAAGAUAAUCCUCUGAUGGCGGGAUUUCAGCGUCUCAGACAAGAAUUGACAGGAUGCAAAGAUAUACACACAUUCGAUGUGCCGUCUUUACUCCAUCCUUUUCUCCAAGUUAUGGUCAUCGAAAAUCCCGCAACGCCGUCGCCGAUCACAACUUUAGCCCUAGCUGCUAUCAUAAAGUUCUUCUCGUACAACUUAAUUAGUCCAAGCUCCCCUCGACUUUCACAGGCAAUGCAGUCUUUAUCUGCUGCCAUGACAAAUUGCCGCUUUGAAGCUCGAGAUACAGUGGCUGAAGAGAAGGUAUAUCAGAAAAUAUUGAAACUUAUGGAAGGAAUGCUGUCUGGCCCCGGCGGAGAUUUACUGAGUGAUGGAAGUGUUUGUAAAAUGAUGGAGACGAACUUAAAUAUGUGUUGUCAGCCACAGCUAUCAGAGUUAUUUCGUGGGUCUGCCGAAAUGACUAUGGCCAAGAUGUGUCAGAUCAUUUUCGAGAGACUCAAGCAUUUAGAAAUUGAGGCUGGGGAUGAUCUAGAAGCUUUAGACGAGAAGACAAAGGAAGAUAUGGACACUGUCAAGAUGGCCCCUUCAGCAGUGAGUACAAGUGCUAUCACGAAAUUGACCGCAUCUCCUGCCGGAUCACGGCCGCCUUCUUCAAGCUUCGAUACAUCACGUCCGUCGUCUGCUAUGGAGAAGGUUCCUCUCCUAGAAUCUUCAUCCGAAGCUGGAAUUGUGGCACCCGCAUCAGAAGCUUCGGAUGAUACUCCCAGCAAGCCUUAUUCUCUCCCAUCUAUUUGUGAGCUAUUUAGGGCUUUGAUAGAUUUACUAGAUCCUCACGAUCGAAAACAUGCCGAUUCUUUGAGAGUUAUCGCUCUUCGUAUGAUCAACGUAGCUCUAGAGAUAGCAGGCCCUUCAAUUGCCAAGCAUCCAGCUUUGGCAACCCUUGCUGAAGACCGCCUUUGUCGAUAUCUAUUCCAAUUAGUCCGAUCAGACAAUAUGGCCAUCUUACAGGAUUCGCUUAUUGUUGCUGGCACUCUUCUCUCGACGUGCAGAGGAGUCUUGAAGUUGCAGCAAGAGCUCUUUCUGUCUUAUCUGGUUGCAUGCUUGCAUCCUCGUGUAGAAAUUCCCCGGGAAAGAGGAAUCGAUCCCUCCCUGUAUGCCGGUAUACCACAGGCUCCAAAACUGGUUAAACCCCCACCAUCACAAGCUAGCAGCGGUCGUUCCACGCCUGUACCUGUGAAAGACCGUCGAACCCUAGGGUUAGAAGGUGGAUCGCGUAAGCCAGAUGCACGUGAAGCAAUGGUGGAAAGUGUUGGAGCUCUCGCGCGGAUCCCGAGCUACAUGGCUGAACUAUACGUCAAUUAUGAUUGCGAGAUCGACCGAAGUGAUAUCUGCGAGGAUAUGGUUGGACUUCUGUCUCGCAAUGCGAUUCCAGAUUCUGCAACUUGGAGUACGACAAGUGUCCCACCACUCUGUCUGGAUGCCCUCCUAGGUUUUGUUCAAUUUAUUGCAGAUAGACUUGGCGAUGAGCCGAAAUACGAUGGCUACCCUGACCAAGCAACACUACGCGAGCAGAAACGAAGGAAGAAGAUUAUCAUUCAGGGAACGGUCAAAUUUAACGAGAGCCCGAAGGCUGGAAUUGCGUUCUUGGCAUCACAGGGCAUCAUAGAUGAUCCAAGAGAUGCAAAGACUGUCGCAAAUUUCCUGAAAGGAACAUCUCGAAUCGAUAAAAAACAAUUGGGUGAAUUCAUAUCCAAGAAAGGAAAUGAGCCAAUUUUAGAAGCUUUGAUGGACUCGUUUGAUUUUGAAAACAAGAGAGUUGAUGAGGCGCUGCGUGAACUCCUCGAGACUUUUAGAUUACCAGGAGAAUCUGCUUUGAUUGAACGGAUUAUCUCGACUUUCGCAGAAAAUUACUGUUCGGGCACUUUACCCGAAGGUAUCGCGGAUAAAGAUUCCGUAUAUGUUUUGACUUAUGCCAUUAUCAUGUUGAACACGGAUCAGCAUAAUCCGAACAUGAAGGGUAAACGUAUGGAGCUAGAAAACUUUGCACGGAAUUUACGUGGGGUUAAUGGCGGGCAGGAUUUUGCUCCGCAAUACCUCCAGGACAUCUACGAGUCUAUCAAAUCAAACGAAAUCAUUUUACCUGAUGAGCACGACAACAAACAUGCUUUCGACUAUGCUUGGAAGGAACUAUUACUAAAAACUGCUACCGCGGGUGAUCUCACUAUUUGCAACACUAAUAUCUUCGAUGCAGAUAUGUUCGCAGCUACUUGGAAACCGGUGGUUGCAACUCUGUCGUAUGUCUUUAUGUCGGCUACUGAUGAUGCUGUGUUUGAGAGAGUUAUCACUGGUUUUGAUCAGUGUGUCCGUAUCGCAGCCAAACAUGGUUUGACUGAAGUCAUUGACCAAGUCGUGUAUUGUCUGAGUCACAUUACUACACUUGCAACAGAAAUUCCAUCCAGUACUACUCUCAAUACGGAGAUACAGGUUGGAGAUAAUAGUGUCAUGGUCAGUGAACUUGCAGUCAAGUUUGGUAGAGAUGUGAAGGCACAGCUUGCGACUGUUGUUCUUUUCCGUGUUGUGUUAGGUAGUGAAAGUGUGAUACGAGAAAGUUGGAAGCACAUUUCUAGGAUUUGGUUGAACUUAUUUGUUAAUUCUUUGAUACCCCCAUUCUUUGCUACAUCUAAUAGCAUGGAUAUUGCUCCAAUUCCCUUACAAAAUCCUUCCCAAGUCAUUGAUCGUGGGGCGAAACCCAGCGACACCGGUCUUUUCUCUGCUUUUGCGUCAUACAUUACUAGCUAUGCUGCAGACGAUCCUCCAGAGCCAUCGGAUGAAGAGCUCGAAAGUACCUUGUGCGCAGUCGAUUGUGUGAAUGCUUGCUUCAUGGGCGACGUGUUCGCAAAUGUAGUAAAAAUGCCUAUUGAUUCCUUACGACCUCUCAUACAAGCAUUGAUAUCGCAAUUGCCAGAUGACCCUUCAUCGGUCGUCAUAAGUGUAAAAUCGGACGUGGAACCUCCAUUAAGUCCUACCAACGGCGUUAACGGUGCACCAUCCGGUCCUGUGUAUGAUCCAUCCAUGGUUUACAUAUUAGAGCUGUGUACCGUGCUUGCAAUGCGAGAUAAUGAAACUAUCAACGCAUUUGGGGCUGAAGUUGCAGAAGCUUUACAAAAUGUUCUACGAAACUCUGCCAGUUGGCAUCCCUUGAUGGUAUCUAGGACAAUAUUCUAUCUACUGCACCUACUGCACGCAAGCUAUGAACAAUCAUAUAUUCGUGUUCCUGUGGUGCUUCACGCUAUCUCAAGUUUCAAGAAAGAUUUGUUCGAGAAAUCUGCCACACUUGUUCUUCAAGGAUUAACACAAUGUAUAAAAGAGCCAGGUCCAUUACGAAACGAAAUCAUGACUUCUCCUGACUUCUGGGUAAUUCUUAAAAAUCUUGCAACCAGUCCUUCAGCAUCGGCUGUGUUCGAAAUCCUCGAAGGCGUUGCUAUUGGUUCUCCACCAACUAUAAUGGCAGACAAUUAUGAAUCGGCUGUUAAGUUGCUCAAUGAUUUUGCCACUGCCGGGAGUGUAGGGUCUACCAUGGAGCAAAAACAGGAUAAGAGGACACGAAGAGGACAACCAGUCAAACAACCAAAGCCGCAGGUGGUAGAUGCGGUCGUAGCUAGAGGAGUCAAGGCUAUAACGAUGAUAUAUUCUUUGACGUCGCGAAUUCCUGUCCUGAUGGAACAAUCACAUCUUGAAAGCAAAGAGGCCUGGGCAAAUUAUUGGUCACCAAUCUUCAUGGCUUUGACCACACAGUGUACCAAUCCUUGCCGAGAAAUUCGACAUCAAGCAUUCUCUUCGUUACAGCGUUCGUUAUUGUCACCUGAAUUAACGUCAGGUGAUCACGAAGAAUGGACCGCUAUAUUCGGCGAGGUUCUCUUCCCUCUCAUAACUCGAUUGCUAAAGCCAGAAGUAUACUCAUCUGAUCCCAUUGGCAUGAGUGAAACUCGUGUUCAAGCCGCCACGCUUCUAUGUAGGAUCUUCUUGCACUAUUUGGUACUAUUGUCGAAAUGGGAGGGUAUGCUAGAUCUUUGGAUUAAGAUACUUGACAUCAUGGAUCGCUUGAUGAAUAGUGGACAGGGUGAUAGUUUGGAAGAAGCAGUACCAGAAAGUUUGAAGAAUGUCCUUCUUGUAAUGUCCAGUAGCGGAUACUUGGUACCGCGUAGUCAAGAUGAGACGCAAGAGAAGUUAUGGACCGAAACUUGGAAGAGAAUAGACAGAUUUUUGCCCGAUCUGAGGAAGGAGAUUGAUUUGGAGGGGCCGGGGGUUGAGGAGAAUAUUAAGGGGAAAGAAAAUGAGGGUUUGGCGACAAAUGUCAAGAGUGAUACCGAAGCAGGAGUUGAACAAGAGAAGACGGAUAUCAAAGUUUGA